AUGGCUGUCUACACCAAUACAUACGCCCCUCCCCCGCCGCCUGCUGAAUUGCCGAAAGACAUUCAUCUCCACACCAAGCCGAAGGAGUAUGAUUUCAACUUUCUCUUUCCUGUUAGACUCCUCAAGUUGGACACGGUGGAGUUGAGACCUAUGGUGAAUACGCUCUCGUACGCUAUAUUCACCGAACCGCCCGGGUCCACAAAGAAGGUCGAAGCGGAAGGCUAUGUAUAUGCUGGGAGUAUCGCUCUGGCGGGGUGUAGCCUCCUCCUCCACUCCGUCCUCGACCUCCCUCCCCAAAGCGGCCUCGGUCUACGCAGAUGCCAGUGGCUCUGCAGCUCUCUAAAUCAACCCAGCAGAUCGGCAACUCUGAGGAUGGGCUUCAAGCACGAAGGGGUGCAGAGGGCCAGGAAGGUGGUGCCUGCGGGGAAGGAAGGCGCUCGUCGAGGGAGGAAGGGAGAGGGAGUGAAGAGGGGAGAGUGUGAUGCGAGGGAUGAUUGGGUGUUUGGCUUGGUUUGGUAUGAGUGGGAGCAGGGGUAUUGA